CGGGUGCGCUUCGCUCCGCCAGCGCGGCUUUCCUUGCCGGCUGUGCCCCGCGCCCGCGCCCGCCCGGUAAGCGAGUCCCGGGCCGCGGCCCCGGAUCCCGGGCCCGCCAGCCGCGCUUCCCCGAGCCUCCUCCGGGCAGCCCUCUCGGGUUGCGGGGUCGUGGCGCCCUCAGAUUUUAAGACCCCCGUGCCCUUCCCGGAAGCUGUCGGAAUGCGGGGCGCCGCCGAGCUGGUCUAGCGGCCCUCCGAGUUGUGCCCUGCCACCCCCACUCUUGGAAACUUCUGGGAAGUUCCCUGCCUGCCCUGGUUCCUCCCAGAAGUUGCCUAGGACUUUAGGCAGCCCCACAGUUCCUCCGGGAUGCGGGUCCCCCCCCCCCCCCGCCCCUACUGAGAGAGGCACACCGCGCCCAGGCGUGGGUCCCGCCCCGCCAUCUCGCCCACUGCCGCCCCACCCCCGCCCUGUCACCCUGUCGCCCCUCCCCGGUCCCGCCUGCACCCUGCCCUGACCUCUGCGUUCACUUGGCCUCUCCCGCAGACUCCCUAUGGGCAGAGCUGCUGAGGCGCAGGUGGAGCCCCAGAGUGCGCCCUGCCGAAGUCGGGCCGGAGUUCGGAGCCCGACCUUGCCGAGUGCUCUGUCGCCCGCCCACCCCGCCACAGGCGUCGGGGCAGUGGCAACAUGGCCUUCUCCCAGGUGCAGUGUCUGGACGACAGCCACGUCAACUGGCGCUCCAGUGAGUCCAAGCCCGAGUUCUUCUACAGCGAGGAGCAGCGGCUGGCCCUGGAGGCCCUGGUGGCCCGCGGCAGGGAGGCUUUCUAUGAGGUGCUGAAUCGGGAGAACAUUCGGGACUUCCUGUCGGAGCUGGAGCUCAGGCGCAUCCUGGAGACCAUUGAGGUGUAUGACCCAGGCUCCGAGGAUCCGAGGGGUGCCGGCCGGCCCCGGGGUCCUGAGGACAAUGGCGUUGGCGACAGCGAGGAGGCCAGCAGGGCGGGUGGGGACCCCACUGAGGCCGAGCCACUGCCCUCUCUGGAGUACUGGCCCCAGAAGUCGGACCGAUCCAUCCCCCAGCUGGACCUGGGCUGGCCUGACACCAUUGCCUACCGUGGUGUGACCCGGGCCAGUGUCUACAUGCAGCCCCCCAUCGAUGGGCAGGCCCACAUCAAAGAGGUGGUGCGAAAGAUGAUCAGCCAGGCCCAGAAGGUGAUUGCCGUGGUCAUGGACAUGUUCACCGACGUGGACAUCUUCAAGGACCUGCUGGACGCCAGCUUCAAGAGGAAGGUGGCCGUGUACAUCAUCGUGGACGAGAGUAACGUCAAGUACUUUCUGCACAUGUGUGAGCGGGCCCGCAUGCACCUGGGGCACCUCAAGAAUCUCAGGGUGCGGAGCAGCGGGGGAACGGAGUUCUUCACACGGUCGGCCACCAAGUUCAAGGGUGCCCUGGCCCAGAAGUUCAUGUUCGUGGAUGGAGACCGGGCCAUCUGUGGCUCCUACAGCUUCACGUGGUCAGCCGCGAGGACGGACCGGAACGUGAUCUCCGUGCUGUCGGGCCAGGUGGUGGAGAUGUUCGACCGGCAGUUCCAGGAGCUGUACCUCAUGUCCCACGGCGUCAGCCUCAAGGACAUCCCCAUGGAGAAGGAGCCCGAGCCCGAGCCCAUCGUGCUGCCCUCCGUGGUGCCACUGGUGCCCUCGGGCACCGUAGCCAAGAAACUCGUCAACCCCAAGUACGCACUGGUCAAGGCCAAGAGCGCCGAUGAAAUCGCCAAGACGUCCUCCGAGAAGCAGGAGGUCAAGAAGACCCCCGGACUGCGGGGCGCCACCCUGGCCGAGCGGCCCGGAAAUGUCCCGGAGGCGCCCCUGCCUGUCCACCCCGGCCUGCUCAACCUGGAGCGGGCCAACAUGUUUGAGUACCUGCCCACGUGGGUGGAGCCGGACCCGGAGCCCGGCAGUGACAUCCUGGGCUACAUCAAUAUCAUCGACCCCAACAUCUGGAACCCCCAGCCCAGCCAGAUGAACCGCAUCAAGAUCCGAGACAUGUCCCAAGCUAGCACCCAACUGUGGAAGCAGAGCCAGGACUGCAGCCCCAGCCCCGGGCCCAGUGCCCCCCAGGACGGGGGCCCAGCGGAGAACGGCCUUCCGCAGGGGGACCCCGAGCCCCAGCCCCCCGUGCCCAAGCCCCGGACAGUCCCUGUGGCAGAGCUGCUCGCCCAGGACAGCGGCGGUGUUGACUGGGCCCUGGAGACCCCAGAAGAGGAGACGCCCCAGAAUGGGACAGAUGGAGCAUCGCCCCGGACACCGGGCCCAGGCCACGCCCCGCUCCGGCGACAGCUGUCUGUGACCCAGGAUGACCCUGACGGCCAGGGAGCGGUGAUCCCCAAUGGGCUAGAUGGGGAGGAGGAAGAAGAUGAUGAUGACUACGUGACCCUCAGUGACCAGGACAGCCUCUCGGGCAGCUCCAGCCAUGGCCCCGGCCCCCGGCGGCCCUCGGUGGCCUCCUCUUCUGUGUCAGACGAGUAUUUUGAGGUGAGGGGGCGCUCAGCCCCUCUCCAGAGGCGCCACUCCGAGCAGGUAGCCAACGGGCCGGCCCAGCCCCCCCGCCGACAGCUGAGUGCCCCCCACGUGACCCACGGGACCUUUGGUGGACCCCUGGAUGGCUCGCCGUGGGCCCCGGGUCAGGAGAGAAGAGAGGCGGGUACUCCGAAGAGGACGCAGGCUCCGAAUUCCACGGACAAGGAGACACAGGGCCAGCCCAUCGCCCACUGUAGGGUCCCUGCCUCAGGGACCAGGGAGAAAGAUGGCUUCCUGCGGCCGAUGAGGACCUCGGGACUCCCGCUUUGCCGCCCUGCUGCUGAUGGCACCCAGAGCUCUGCCAGGAAAGCGGGCCCGGCCAUGGCAGGCCCAUACCCCUGGCAGGUCAAGGCGGGCCCCAUGUCCCGCACUCUGGCUGAUCCCGGGACCCCAAGGCCGGCCCGAAACGCCAGCCCCCAGGCCGAUGGCAGGCACCCUAAAGAGCAGCCAAGUCCUUUCGGAAUCCCGUACUCCAAACUGUCCCAGUCGAAGCACCUGAAGGCCAGGACGGGCAGUGGCCAGUGGGCCUCCUCUGAUUCUAAACAGAGGGCUCAGGCCCCCCGGGACCGCAAGGACCCCUAGCACCCCGUCCCUGGGCCUGGAGCCGUGCGGUCCGUGGUCUCUGCCCCAGCCCAGACUCACCAAGCAGGUGUCCGUGGGGCUGUGCCAGGGACUGGCAGACGGGCCGCCCGGACCGUCCAGAGCCCGGCCCGGAAGGCAGGAAGGUGGGGUGGCCAGCGACGUUGACACUCACCUGGUCAGUGCACCAAUACCAGGUGGCCAUGAUGGUCAGACCAAAGGUCAUCCCGGUCCACGGGAGGUCCCCUGUGUAGGGGUCUCGGAACAUGUGCAUAGCGUCUGCCCGCGGCAGGUGGCAGGUCGUGUUGGCGAUGGUCCGGCGUGGGAUGGCCUGGGCAUAGGCAGCCGCCAGUUGCUCAUACCCACCGAUCUGGUCAAAAGCUGGAGAGGGCGGGGCAGGGACGGGUUGCUGGCUGGUGGCCCUGACUCAGGGCCCCCACUUCCCAGUGCAUCAAACUUGACUUUUUCCCAUUCACCUUUCCCAGUCUCUGGAAAGGUAUGGAGGGUAGAGGGUUUAAAAAGCAAGGGGGUGGGGGAUUCAAAUGACUGUUCUAUUUGUAUUUAAAAUAAGACUAUUAAAUGAGCAUUUUGCACGUGGACACCUACAGUGUCCCCUUGGGCCCUGGAUGCCUGUUGGCCUCGGGCGAGGGGUUCUCUGCCAGGCUUCAGAUUGUUGACUCAAGGGAGCAAAAGUACUUUUUCUUGGCAUUCGAGGACCUUCCCGAGGAGUCUAAAGUGUUAAAGCCCUGACCUGGGGCUUCUGAAGGAUGUGACUUGGGCAGAGCUGAGGAUGCCCGGCAGUCAUGUAGCACUGAGAACAGAACGAGUCCCAGAGGGGGCACAGGAGUGACCGAGGCCACGUGGCCAGCCGGCUGGGGCUCGGGCCAGAAGUCAUUUCCCUCCUUUCGCUCCCUCACUGUUCCCGUCUACCUCAGGGUCAGGGCCCUGCAUGGGCAAGCCCCGGCCCAUCUGUGGCUUCUGCUGUGUCUGCAGUCACUGCCCCCCCAUCCAGCCUGGGCCUGGCUGCCUGGCUCCCUCCCCUGCAGUGGGUUCCAGGGAUGUGGGCCCCUGUCUGAAAGGAGGCAGACACACAUAAGUGUGAAUACGGGGGACGCUCUGUCUCAUCUGCCUGCUCCUCGCCCCUCUGCCCUGCCUUUGCCAGGCUGGGAGCCUGCCGCCGGCACUCUGGCCCUGGCCUCUCUGCCGCCCCGAGCCCAGGCCGGGCCGAGUACUCAGAGCAAGCGUACGAACGCUAUUCAAAGGUCAGAAAUUGCCGGGCCACGGGAUCCUCCAGUCUGAGCUUCGGUUUACCCCUGUGGGAUCCUGCUGGCUCUGAUAGCCCCUAAUGGGGCCGCCCUCGGAGCUUCGUCCGGGUUCCCAGGCCAGGAUCACCGACGCGUCUCAACCCUCUCCCCUCCUCCCCGGCCCCGGCCUGCGGGCUGUUGCAGUGCUUCUGCCGUGAUGCACAGGAUUUUUAAUAAUUGGACCAGAGGCCCGGGCGGCUCUGUGGUCCGCUGAUGGUGCGCACACGUGCCCUCGGCCCUCCCUCUCCAUCAAGCCCCGAGCCAGCCCGGGGCGGGCCACACGCUCAGCUGGGCCGCCGUCGGGAGGCCGCCGCCGCGGGGGCGGCCGACUGCCGGGUGGCUUGACCUCGUGAGCCCACCCCCACCCAGUGCUGGCACCUGGGUCCUGGCAGCGCAGCCCCCCCCCCCCCGCUCACCUUUGACGGUCAGGAUGACAGCCCCCACCACCAUGAUGAGCGUUUGCAGGGCGUCCGUGUAGAUCACAGCAGCCAGACCCCCUGUGGGUAGAAACGACGGAGCUCGAGGGGGGAGGGGCAGCAGCUCCACGACAUGUGUCCCCUGCCCUCUCAGGUGCGUCAGCUGUGGGGCCAAUCGGCUGGGCCGGCAGCACCAACUCCACGGCUCCACUGGCCAGGCUGUGGGAGGAGGGGGCCCCCGCCUCCUGCUCGUGCCCCCCAUGCAUCUGCCCCACCGCAGGGAUGCCCGGGCCGGCUGGCGGUCAGGCCCCCUGUGUGGGGGGUCCCCGGGGCGCCAUACCUGCGAUGGUGUACAGGGCCGUGAUGGUGAGCAUGAGGAUGGUGGAGAGGUAGAAGUUCCAGCCCAGGCAGAUGUGCACGAAGAGUGCCCCGGCGUACAGGUCGAUCUGGGGAAUGGGAGAGGAACUUGCGCGGAGGCUCGAGCCAGGGCACCACUCGCGCGCCGUGUGGCCUCGGUGCCCUGUGGACAAGGCGAGAGAGACACCCCCAGCCACCCCGCACCCCCGCCGGCACUGUCGUGAGGGUGGGAGGAGGUCCUGGAUGUGGACAAGCAGUGUGCAGGGAAUGUUGCUAAUGUUAAUAAAGUCCUAAGUGGCCCAUGUCCACCGA